CGAGGGCGGGCGGGGGGCGCGGGUCCUGUCGUCUACUCUGCGGCAGCCUCUGCCCCUCAGCACCCCCCCGCCUUUGUUUCACCGAAGCCCCCUGUGGAGACCCUUGGUUUUGGGGUUGGGCUCCGUAGAGGAGCCCGCCACCCCGCCUCAGCGUCCCCGUCAGGAGGACCACCUCACGGGCGCGCUCCCUUCUGUGGUGUCCCGGUGGCCUCGGUGCGCGGAAGGAGAUUCGGGGGCGCGUUGCCUCAAGGGCUGCGGCUCUAACGUGCGGAUGUGCCCCGUGGCCCCUACCCGGGUCGCUUUUGCUCAGUGGAGCCAAUGGAGCUCUUGGGGAAGCGCCCCGCGGCUGGAAAAGUAGAGGUCUCCAGCAAACGGCCAGUGUUGGUUCUUCAGAAUGAAGCACUUUAUCCACAACGGCGCUCCUAUACUAGUGAGGAUGAAGCCUGGAAAUCCUUCCUGGAAAACCCUCUCACUGCAGCAACCAAAGCGAUGAUGAGCAUCAAUGGAGAUGAAGAUAGCGCAGCUGCACUGGGCUUGCUCUAUGACUAUUACAAGGUUCCAAGAGAGAGAAGGUCGUCCACAGCAAAGGCAGAUGUUGAGCAUCCAGAGGCAGAUCACAGCAAAAGAAACAGCAUACCAAAUGUGACUGAGCAGCCCCUCAUUUCUGCUGGAGAGAACAGAGUGCAAGUUCUGAAAAAUUUUAACAUUCUCCUGCCCCAUGGCAACCAACUGGGCAUUGAUAAGAGAGGCCAUCUAACAGUUCCUGAUACAACAGUCACUGUCUCCAUAGCAACGAUGCCUACCCACUCCAUCAAGACAGAAACCCAGCCCCACAGUUUUGCUGCAGGAAUCCCCCCAGCAGUGUAUCAUCCAGAGCCCACUGAACGGGUGGUGGUUUUCGACCGGAACCUUAAUACUGACCAGUUCAGCUCUGGUGCUCAACCCCCAAAUGCUCAAAGGCGAACUCCAGACUCUACCUUCUCAGAGACCUUCAAGGAAGGCGUUCAGGAGGUUUUCUUCUCCUCGGACCUCAGUCUGCGGAUGCCCGGCAUGAAUUCAGAGGACUAUGUUUUUGACAGUGUUUCUGGGAACAACUUUGAAUAUACCCUAGAAGCCUCAAAAUCACUUCGACAGAAGCCGGGAGAUAGCACUAUGACAUAUCUGAACAAAGGCCAGUUCUAUCCUGUCACCUUAAAGGAAGUGAGCAGCAAUGAGGGAAUCCACCACCCCAUCAGCAAAGUGCGAAGUGUGAUCAUGGUGGUUUUUGCUGAAGACAAAAGCAGAGAAGAUCAGUUAAGACAUUGGAAAUACUGGCACUCCCGGCAGCACACAGCCAAACAAAGGUGCAUUGACAUCGCUGACUAUAAAGAAAGCUUCAAUACCAUCAGUAACAUUGAGGAGAUUGCUUAUAAUGCCAUUUCUUUCACUUGGGAUAUUAAUGAUGAAGCAAAGGUUUUCAUCUCUGUGAACUGCUUAAGCACAGAUUUCUCUUCUCAGAAGGGCGUGAAGGGGUUGCCUCUUAACAUUCAAAUUGACACCUAUAGUUACAACAACCGUAGCAACAAGCCUGUGCAUCGGGCGUACUGCCAGAUAAAAGUCUUCUGUGACAAGGGAGCUGAACGGAAAAUCAGGGAUGAAGAACGAAAACAAAGCAAAAGAAAAGGCAAGUGUACUGACCCCAGCUCCCAGUUGAAUGCCUUUUCUGAUGUUAAAGUGCCACUGCUUCCCUCUCACAAACGAAUGGAUAUCACAGUUUUCAAGCCCUUUAUUGAUCUUGAUACCCAGCCUGUCCUCUUCAUUCCUGACGUGCACUUCUCCAACCUUCAGCGGGGCGCUCACGUCCUUUCUAUUGCCUCAGAAGAAUUGGAGGGUGAAGGAUCUAACUUGAAAAGGGCGCCAUAUGGGUCGGAAGAUGAUUUUGUGAUUCCACCUCCUGCGAAGCUGACCCGGAUAGAAGAACCAAAGAGAGUGCUGCUCUAUGUGCGAAAGGAGUCAGAAGAAGUCUUUGAUGCCCUGAUGCUCAAGACUCCAUCUUUGAAAGGCUUGAUGGAAGCUAUCUCAGACAAAUAUGAUGUUCCCCAUGACAAGAUUGGGAAAAUAUUCAAGAAAUGUAAAAAAGGGAUCCUGGUGAACAUGGACGACAACAUUGUGAAGCAUUACUCCAAUGAAGAUACCUUCCAGCUGCAGAUCGAAGAAGUGGGGGGGUCGUACAAACUCACCCUCACGGAGAUCUAAGGGCGUCCUGGCCCGCAACUCCCAGUGAGUUCCGUGAAGGUGUUCUGUAGUUCUUACUGUUCGGCAAGCCACAGUACACCGGUCAGCCGCCUUCCCAACGGGCGGAUGUCAAUGGAAGGGGCUCCUUUGGAGUUGGAGAUGGUGCUGCAUUUGGCUUGGAGACAGCAUUGAAUAUAUCACAUGGCGUUUUUCAGAUGACAAAGAAAUCCAUGGACUGUUAUGUUUGAAUUUUCUGAUAUAAAUGCUUAGGAUUAAAAAUGAAAACUUUAUUCCAAGUUUUAAUACUCUCUGGGAACCUUUUUAGGAUAUCUGCUACAUGACUGAUAAAAAUAUUGGGCUGUCUCCCUUGUCUCUCAGUGUCCGUGGGCCUGCUCACUAGUGUUCGUCAGAAAAGGCAGUGGUGUGGCGUUAAGGCUCUUGUGCCCUGGCUGACACUCGGUGUGACUCUGCCUCCCUCAGGUAGUGGGAGUGGCGUCCGGAGAGCAGAGGGUGCACCUCUCAUCGCCCAGGAAAUGUUUACUCAGAUAGAGCAUGUUACUGAAAUCUUCCUUUGCAACUUUCUUGAACAUAUCAACUGCCUUUCUUAUGAAGAACUUCAGUGGGUUACAGUAUGAAUCAGUUAAGCUAAAGCUGCAUUGUAUAUAAGUGCAAUACAUUUGUGAAGGCCUGUGUCUGUAAAUGUGUACAUACAUGUCUUAUAUAAAUAGAUAAUAUAUAAUAUGGUGUCUGUGUACAUACAGUGAAGACAUACAGUAAGGUCGACCUUAAAGACUUUCCUUAGACAAAGGUUAAGUUAUUUUUGAUAAUGUGUACCAAGCAGAUAGAAUACUACACUUAGUGGAACCCACUAAAAUGCUCUCUCUGUUUUCCCAACACAGCAGUCAUUCCAUAGCAUAGCAAACAAACCCUUCUCAAACGGCAGAGAUUCUGUUUGCUUUUGAGAGUGUUAUUAUUUGGAUUUCUGCACUGUUUAGCAAAUGAAGUAAAGAGAAAACUACGGUAAUUCAUGUCUGUUUUGUAUGAUAAUACCAGUCAUAUGUACCAAAUAGAGUGAACAAACACAGUAACUACAAAACAUACCGUGACUAUUGUAUACCGGGUUAUACAACUCAAAAUGGAGUUCUUCAUAAUCUUCCUGUUAUAAGAAAUGAUUUCUAGUUUAUCAUGUGUCAGAGCCUCCGUGUUUUGAUUAUCUUGUAUGCUGGCAACUGUAGAAAGCAUUCAUGAAUUUAUGAGACUGUAUUAUUAUGGCAGGGGACUAUUUUGUAUACAUGUUUAAAUAUAUAAAAAUACUAAAAAGCAUAAUUUUUAAGAGAAACAAAAUCACGGGUAUAUUUAGGUUCAGGGAGCUAAAUAUAGUUCAGAAUAGUUCAUUUGUAUAAGUAGGAUUGAUAGUUAAAUCUUUACAUUAAAAUAUUCUAAUGAAGUAUGUGAACCAAAUUGCUGGUUUUCUAAGAUGAGAUAUAUGGGACACGGGUCAUAUGAGUAUUUUAUAUUUUGUUUUAUGAAAUUGAUUUUGUCUUGUUCGUUGUUUUUAAU